AUGGGACUCGCCACCGAUCUAUCGCCAUGGCUGCAGCCAUACGCCGACCAGCUCAACGUGCCGCACAUGCCCACGCACCUCCAGACCAUCCUCCGCUCCGUCUUGCUCUGGACGUCGCUGCAGCUCCUCUCCUCUGGACUCUCGCCCCGCCUCUUCCCAAAGACGUUUGCCACCUUUAGCAAAAAGACCAGGACUAGCUGGGACAUCCACUUUGUCGCCUUCUGCCACGCCGUCGUCAUCACCCCGCUCUGCGCACGCAUCUGGUGGAAGGUCAGGCAGCAGGGCAACUCCCACCCGCUCGCCGUCGACCGCCUCUACGGCUACGACUACGAGGCCGGAGAGGUGUAUGCCGUCGCGCUCGGGUACUUUAUCUGGGACUCGUACAUCUCAAUCCGCCACGAGGGCCCCGGCUUCGUCGCCCACGGCCUCGUCGCCUUCACCGCCUUCAUCCUCGUCUACUACCCCGUCUUCAUGUACGACGGGCUGGGCUUCCUGCUUUGGGAGCUCAGCACCCCGUUCCUCAACAUCCACUGGUUCCUCGACAAGCUCGGAAUGACUGGCACCACGCUCCAGCUCGUCAACGCCGUCUUUCUCCUCGGCACCUACGUCGGCGCCCGUCUCACCUUUGGAGUCUACAACUCGAUCAGCUUCUUCAAGUUUGUCGUGAGCCCGCCGACGCCCCACCAUCCGCCGAUCCCCAGGUACAUUGCCAACUUCUACAUGACCGGCAAUGUCAUCCUCAACUCGCUCAACUUUUUCUGGUUCCGCGCAAUGGUGCGAGCGGUGCAGAAGCGGUUCACCGCCAAGCCCAAGCCUGCAGAGGCCGGCGCCAUCGACCCCAAGAAGGUCCUCAGGGGCCAGCAGGGCGUCAGCGUCGGCGUGCGCGGCAACGACGACGAGCCGUUCGAGCGCGAGGCUGGCGUCAUCAAGGGCGGCAAGAGCCAGUGA